AUGGUAAAGAAAUGGAAAAGAAUCACUUGCACCAACAUCCAUGGCCCCAAGCCCGACACACAACACAAAAGGAAACCAAGGAAGGAGAGGCGCCCCCGCCAGGCCGCCGACGACCCGUCCGUCAGGCCUGGGCAGAGUUACUGCUCGGGUGGAAUUCCUGCAGCAGUAAAUUAUGAUCAUGGAGGAGUCGCACUGACUGCCCCUCUCCCCCCUCCGCCACAGACGGGGGUGUGCCGCCUUCGCCAGUUCAGCAUCACGUCGCGGGGGGGCGUCGUCAACCGGGGCGACUCCCUGCGUCCUCGUCGCUCCGCCUCCAACACGUCGGUCACCUCCAGCGUCUCCUCCUGCAGCCGGGAGCGCAUCCCCAGCAUCGGGUCCAUCGCCUCCACGCCCGGCUGCAGCAAGGUCCCCACGCCCACGUCCAGCCCGCAGUACCGCGUGGUCAUGAUCGGGGCGGCGGCCGUCGGCAAGUCCACGCUCAUCACGCAGUUCAUGACGUCAGAGUACAUGUGUGCCUACGACGACUCGCCAGUAUCGUAG